CCUCUCCAGCGCCAAGGCGCGCGCAGAGGGGUCGGGGCGGGAGAGCCGGGUUCCACUGGGUGCUGCCGGGGCUUAAGUGCUCGCGGGGCCACCCCCGAGACGCCCGCCCUGCCCCCGCGGCUUUCCCCAGUCGGCGAGGGGCGUGGACAGCGUCUCCGCGGAGAGGGCGCCACCCCCGCUCCGGCCUCACAGCCCCCCGGAGGCGCGCGCCCCUGUGCCGGCGGCGAGGUGUGGGGGGCGCCGCUGGGGGACCGCGGAGGGCCAGGGUCAGCGCCGAGAAGACGGGACCUCCCCGCGUGGGCCGCAGGACUUUGCUUGGGGCCAGAUUAGACGUGGGGUCCGAGGGGAGGGGAGGCUUCCGGACAGAGACCCCGGGUCCAGGUGCCCCGGCAGGGACGAACCUGCCAAUCAGCCGACUCCCUGGCUCAGCAAAGCUCCCCAAAAGGUUCCCCGACCCCUUCCCGGCCAGAAGCUCCCGGUUCCCGCUGGUCCAGCUGUCCCUCCCCGCUUCCCUCGACCCUGCGCCCCUUCGCACCCUGGGAAUGCCACGCCCUCCCUUGAGGCUUUGACCCUGAGGACCCCCCCACCACGCCGAAGCCUUUGGGACUACCGGGUGGAAAGGGCUCUUCUCCCCCCAGGCCACCCACCCGAUUCGGUUCUCCUACAACGGCGUGACUGCGGAGUCUGCCAUCGGCCUCCUGCCCGGAUUAAAAGCCCGGGAGGGUCUCCACACCCGGGCCCCGGCCCGGCUCUCCAGGGGGCUCAGGAAGCCUCAGCUGCACGGACGCGCGAGGCCGCCGGGGACCCCGAGUGCCGAAAGGACCAGCGUACCCCGCAGGGGCAUUGGAAAUAAAAACAGCAAAAACGAAAAUAACCACAGCCCUGUUUUACGCAACCUGCCCCUUUGCCGUUACACACAUUAACAGUGACCCCUCAUUUUCCGUGAACCCCACUUUGCUGCUGCCGAGUUCGCCAGAGGGACACCCGGAAGCAGGUGGCGACAAGGGCCCCAUGACAUCAUCCCAGCAGGCUUGCGUCACCGCCCCCGGGCCCGGUGACGUCACCAGCUCGCUCGCGUCACGCGCACGUCCUGCUCCUCGUGGUCCUGCCCGGCCCGCGCCAUCACCGGCCCUGCCCCGCGGGGUGACCCGUGCGCCCCUUCACCGUCCUCUGCCGCCGCCCUCCGGCCUGCCGGCCCGGCUCUGUGGUUCCCAAGGCUUUCUCUAGCCCUCCGUGCCCCCGGCCGCACACCUGAGGGUGGGACCCCCGGGGGCGGAGCCGGUGUCGGGUCAAACUCGGAGACCGAGCAGAGCCCAAACGGGACCAGAGGGAGGGCGGGCGGAGGAAGCGAGGACGCUCGAGACCGAGGCUCGCCCACCCCUCGGCGCCGCCGGACCCUGCGCCACUGGGGAUAUUCCUUCCCGGCUUCCCGCGCCGCCAGCCCCAGCUCCGUCCCGCCCCGGCUCCCGGCCCCCUGGGCGGGAGAGCGACCCCCGAGACUCCGCCCAGCCCCGGGGGUCCCGGUCCCCGUUCGCCCCCAGCGGCCCCUCCCGGCGCGCUGCUCGGCCCUGGCUGCAGCGGGGGGCGCGGGCUCACCCGGCCGUGGCCCCCGCGGUGUCGGAGCGGGGCGCGGGCGGGGCGGCCCCGCAAGCCUUUGUCGCCCGCGGAGGCCGCGCCGGGAGCCGAGGCGUGACUGACAGCGGGCGGGGGAGGAGCGCGGCCGCCGAUUGGCCGGCGCGAGUGUGGGAAAGAAUGCGGAGCCGGGUUCACACACCCCGCGGCGGCGAGGCCUUAAAUAGGGGAGCGGCCUGAGGCGCGCGCGGGCCUGGGGACAGGACCCGCCCGAGGGUCUCGGAUCGCCGCGCGCUCGCCGCUCGCCCGUGGUCCCCGGCGGUGCGCUCCAGCCGGCACGGGGAGGCGCGGGGCGCACCAUGGCCGCAGACACGCCGGGAAAGCCGAGCGCCUCGCCGAUGGCAGGAGCGCCGGCCAGCGCUAGCCGGACCCCAGACAAGCCCCGGAGCGCGGCCGAGCACCGCAAGUCCUCCAAGCCGGUCAUGGAGAAGCGGCGCCGAGCGCGCAUUAACGAGAGUCUCGCUCAGCUCAAAGCCCUCAUCCUGGACGCCCUCAGAAAAGAGAGCUCCCGCCACUCGAAGCUGGAGAAGGCGGACAUCCUGGAGAUGACCGUGAAACACCUGCGGAGCCUGCGUCGCGUGCAGGUGACGGGUGAGGCGCGGGCAGCCGCGGCUUGGAGGCGACGGGAGGGCGCGGGACCCCCGGGGCCCGGCACCGACCGCUCCUCCCGUGUCGCUCCCGUAGCCGCGCUCAGCGCCGACCCCGCCGUCCUGGGCAAGUACCGCGCCGGCUUCCACGAGUGUCUGGCGGAGGUGAACCGCUUCCUGGCCGACUGCGAGGGCGUCCCGGCCGACGUGCGCUCCCGCCUGCUGGGCCACCUGGCAGCCUGCCUGCGCCAGCUGGGGCCCUCCCGCCGCCCGGCCUCGCUGCCCCCGGCUGCCCCCGCAGAGGCCCCUGCGCCCGAGGUCUACGCGGGCCGCCCGCUGCUGCCGUCGCUCGGCGGCCCCUUCCCCCUGCUCGCGCCGCCGCUGCUGCCUGGUCUGACCGGGACGCUGCCCGCCGCCCCCAGGACAGGGCCGCAGGGCCAGGGCGGACCCUGGAGGCCGUGGCUGCGCUGAGGCUGCGGCCCUGGGACUGCAUCGGAGGCGGCGCCCCGUUCUAGGGCCGCGGCCUUUGCCGAGACUGUAGCAGAGAAUACGUAUUUAUUAUUCCAGAGGCCGCGUCACUAGUUUUCCUUUUCUGUCUUGGUGAAGAGUCGACUUUGGGAGCGCCCCGCAGCCACGCCACGCCGGAGUCCCGCCCUCCUCCCAGGGCCGCGGGCCGCAGGUGGCUGGGGGUGUCGGGCGGACCCGGGGGACGGCUGGGGGCGGGACCGAGGGCAACCCCUCCGCUCCGCGCCCUUCCCUUCCCUCCGCGGCCUCCCUCCCCUCCGCACCCCUGAAGCCCCGCCCGCGCACGCGCUCUCUGCCCCCGCGUGGGGUUUGCCUCGCUCUGCCGUGGCGGUUGUGAGGGUUCCCCCCGGAGGCCGGGAUGGGAAGCUGAAUGUCCCUGAGUGCCCAGAACCUUCCCAGUGCUGGAAGGCGGUCGCGCAGCAUCACCAGGCAAGUUACUUUCUAGAGGCCCCUUUCCCGCCUCCCGGUCCCCGGACCGCGGAAGGCGGAGGCUGCGGUCCGGGGCCGCGCUGGGGUGAGGGCAGCCGCCCUUGGCCCUGAAGACCCGCGCUGGGUUCUCCUGUUAGGUGCACAGCUGCCCGUGCCCACCGCAGACCCCUCCCCCAGGUGUCUGUGCGGGGAGGGCCCGACCGGAGCGCGCGCGGGUCCGAGCUGGGCUGCGGACACUGAGUGCGGGGGCCGAGGACGUCGCUCACGAGGGCGUGGGCCCAGCCCCGGUAAGGGAGGUUCCGCCUCCCCAGUGGGUGAGGACUGGGGGCUCCUUCCUCAUAGCCCUGAGCACGUGCCGCUGUCGACCACUGAGUUAACCAGGCAGCGCCCGACGUACCCUGAACCACCAAGGCGGUCGCCAUCCCGGAUCUUGUGUUCGGGGAGGGCGGCUCGGCGCAGUUCCAGGCACUCAGCCGAGGCAGAGGGUCCCUCUGAGCCGCGCCGAGGGCCAUUUCCCAACUGGGGCCGAGUUCACCAGGGCCCACGGGAGGCGAGUGAGCCGUCCCACUAGCGCUGGCCCUCCAAGGCUCCAGUCUGUGCCUCCAUCAGGAGCCCCCUGGGCCCUCCAGGACACAGCCGUGCGCAGCUUGCAGGAGCCUCGCAGUCCGGCCACCCGUGGCCCCUGGCUGCCCUGCCCCCUCCCUGAGCUCUGAGGGCCAGGCCAGUGACCCUGGGCGGAGGCAGCGUUGGGCUGGGGGCCGCACCCUUGGUCCCACCAGCAGUCCUACCCCGGGGGUCCUAGUCCCAGGGGAGCCUCAAAGUAGCCCUUCUCCUUGGGAGCUUCAGACCCUGUGAGGGAGGCCUCCUCAGCAAGGGGCAGGGACUGUCUUUUUGGCGGCAGGUGGAAGCUCAGCGUGGCCAGGGGAGGGGAGCUGCUCAGAGAAGGCAUCAGUGCAGAAGGGGAGGAAGGGCCUGGGGCAGCGAAGCUGGGAGUGUGGGGAGGAGCUCAGGGGUAGUUGGGGCACCCUGCACAGUCACCCGGGCUGUGGGUCCUAAGAGGGCAGGACAUCUCUCCACCAGGCCCUGGCCUCGAAUGCCCUCUCCACUGUGGCUAAAGGGCCCUUCGUAGCUGCCCAGGGACCACUCCGGCUCUGGGGGAAUCAGUGGGCCAGCCCUUCGCACUCUGGGUCCCUCUGUGCUCCGCACCACCCGGCCCGGCUUCUCCCCCGACUUUCCUCCUAACCUGUCCCAUCUGCCGCAGGCUUGGUGCUGUAUCAUCUGGGCCCAGCUGGACGGCGCUCCAGAGGGCGAGGGCCGUGUCUGUCCCGAAGCUCUGUCCUCAGCACCCAAAACACGGAAAUGGACCCACAGGGACCUAAUCCGUCCAUUUGAAUGACAGAGCUGGGAGGUUUGGGUUAGACUAAGGAGGUCUCAGGAAACACAGCCUGAGGGGCUGGACUGGACCGGCAACAUAGGGGCUGUCCUGGGCUCCCCCUCAGGCUGCCCCCUUCUCAGAGCCCCCCGCCAUGGCCUCCGGGAGCCAGCCUCUGCCUACACCCAGCCAGGACGCCCGCCACAACCUGCGUCCUGUGGCCCCAGACUGGGGGUGCCCCCUCACGAAGUCCUUUCUGCCUUCCCCACCGUCCAGACGUUUCCUGCCCCUCCCCGCCUCAGGUGGUGGCCGCUGGGCAGCUGGGAUCUGGCCCAGUUCCCCGCCCCUGACCCUCCCCAGCAAUUUUUAUCUUGGCUUUUGGUUUUUUGCUGAAUAAUAGAUGAAAGUCAUCUUCUCGGUGGGGCGGGUGUGGCUGGUGGCCCCUGGUCACUUCCAGUUCAUCUCCCACUGCCUCCUUGAUGAAGACCGAGGGUCAAUAAAUGUUUGCUGAAUUCCUUUG